AUGAGGCUCCUCUUCACUGCCCUGCUGUCCCUCGGGGCCUUUGGGCUCUGUCUGGCCACCUCUGAGAAUAUCGUUAAAUGGUGCACCAUAUCACCUGAUGAGGCAGAAAAGUGCUCUGAAUUCAAAAAGAAUAUGCAAAGUGUGGGCGCCCCACCUCUCACCUGUGUUAACAGGACUUCCCACCGUGAAUGUAUCCAGGCUAUUGCUGCAAAACAGGCAGAUGCUGUGGUUGUCGAUAGUAGUUUGGUGCUUGAGGCAGGCCAGGCCCCCUACAACCUGAAGCCUGUCGUGGCUGAGGUCUACGGGUCCGAAGCACAGCCACAAACUCACUAUUACGCCGUGGCCGUGGUGAAGAAAGGUACAAACUUCCAGCUGAACCAACUCCGAGGCAAGGCAUCCUGCCAUACAGGUCUUGGCAGGUCUGCAGGGUGGAACAUCCCUAUUGGGACCCUUCGUCCAUUCUUGAAGUGGGCAGGACCACCUGCAUCACUUGAAAUGGCUGUGUCUAGGUUCUUCUCGAAGAGCUGUGUUCCCUGCGCAAAUGGAAAGCGUUUCCCUAACCUGUGUCGCUUGUGUGCUGGGGAAGGAGCAGAUAAAUGUGCCUGCAACUCUAAGGAACCAUACUUUGGUUACUCUGGUGCCUUCAGGUGCCUGAAGGAUGGGCUUGGAGAAGUGGCUUUUGUCAAGGAGAGUACAGUGUUCGAGAGUCUGCCAAACAAGGCUGACAGGGACCAGUAUGAGCUGCUCUGCCCAGACAACACCCGGAAGCCAGUGGAUGCAUACAAGGAGUGCCACCUGGCCCGAGUUCGUUCUCAUGCUGUUGUGGCUCGAAGUGUGGAUGGCAAGCAUGAUUUGAUCUGGGAGCUUCUGAGGCAAGCACAGGAAAGGUUUGGAAAAACCAGGCCACCAGCAUUCCAACUCUUUGCCUCCCCUCCUUCAAAGAAGGACCUGAUAUUCAAGGACGCUGCCCUUGGAUUUUUGAGGAUCCCCUCAAAGAUAGACUCGGAACUGUACGUUGACUACAGCUACCGUACUGCCUUCAGGAACCUGAAGGAAAAGUCAUCGGUGGCAGAGGCACGGCGCACCCGGGUGGUAUGGUGUGCCAUGGGCACCCAGGAGCAACGCAAGUGCACCCAGUGGCGCUACCACAGCAGAGGGAAAGUGUCCUGCAUCAUGGCUGCUACCACCGAGGACUGCAUCACCGAGAUCAUGAAGGGAAAUGCUGAUGCCAUGAGCUUGGACGGAGGACACAUCUACACGGCUGGCAAGUGUGGUUUGGUGCCUGUCCUGGCAGAGAACACCAAAUCCCAAAGAAAUAGUGACUUGGAUUGUGUGAAUAGACCAACAGAAGGGUAUCUUGCUGUGGCAGUCGUUAGGAAAUCAGAUGCUGACCUCACUUGGAACUCUCUGAAGGGCAAGACGUCUUGCCACACUGCCGUGGGCAGGACUGCAGGCUGGAACAUCCCCAUUGGUCUGCUCUUCAACCAGACGGACUCCUGCAAAUUUGAUGAAUUCUUUAGUCAAAGCUGUGCUCCUGGAGCAGAUCCCAAGUCCAGUCUCUGUGCUCUGUGUAUCGGCGACGAGAUGGGUCAGAACAAGUGCGUCCCCAACAGCAAGGAGAGAUACUACGGCUACGCUGGGAGUUUCAGGUGUCUGGCUGAGAAGAGUGGAGAUGUAGCAUUUAUGAAAGAUACCACUGUCCUGGAGAACACUAAUGGAAAGAACACUGAAGCCUGGGCUAAGGAUCUGAAGCUGGAGGACUUUGAGUUGCUGUGUCCUGAUGGUACCCGGAAGCCUGUGACCGAGGCUCAGAACUGCCACCUCUCCAUGGCUCCAAGUCAUGCUGUGGUAUCUCGGAAAGAUAAGGCAGCAUAUCUUCAACAGGUGCUGCUCCAGCAACAGGCUCGCUUUGGAAGAAAAGGAAAUGACUGCCCACGCAAGUUUUGCUUGUUCCAGUCUGAAACCAAAAAUCUCCUAUUCAACGACAACACUGAAUGUCUGGCCAAACUUCAGGGCAAAACAACAUAUGAAAAAUAUUUAGGAUCAUCAUAUGUCACUGCUCUGACUCGUCUGAAUAAAUGCUCCUCCUCCCCACUCCUGGAAGCCUGCGCAUUCCUCAGGGCCUGA